UCCCAAAAAGGACUCCGACCAGAACAUAAAGCGUUUUGCCUCUUUUGUUACACUUUAAGUUUAUAAUCCUCCUGUUAGUUUUCGGGUUCAGCUUCAUAUUUUUCUCCUUGAAGCGUCAUCCCCUGUUUGGAAAUUCCCAUUCUUUUGUUCCCAGUUUUGAUCGUCCUUUUGGCAACUCUGCUGUUUGAUCCAAACGAAUCUUCAGCAAUAAACUUAGGAAUCGUCAAAGCAAGAAACUAAGUUAAGAAUUACAUCAAUCGUUUUCUUUGAAGGAAGAAAAGCAGAGUUUUUGAACCAUGAAUCCAUAUUUUCCGGUAAAGGAAGAGUACCCGAGUUCAAGUUAUUCAAGAUCCAAAGAUGAUGCGACAGUGAUGGUGGGGCCGCCGCAGCCGAUAGAGGCUCUCCACGAUGCAGGGCCGCCGGCAUUCCUUACCAAGACAUUCGACAUGGUGGAUGAUCCCGGUACCAACCACAUGGUUUCCUGGGGCAGAGGAGGUAGCAGCUUUAUUGUAUGGGAUCCUCGACCUUUCUCCACUAAUUUGCUCCCUAGAUAUUUCAAGCACAAUAAUUUCUCUAGUUUUAUUAGGCAGCUCAAUAAUUAUGGUUUUAGAAAGAUUGAUCCAGACAAAUGGGAGUUUGAGAAUGAAGGGUUUCUCAGGGGCCAAAAGGAUCUUCUAAAGAGCAUUCGGAGAAGAAAGACCCCAUCUCAGACCCCACCACCUUCACAAGAAUCUCUCGGUCCUUGUCUUGAAGUUGGCAGGUUUGGACUAGAUGGAGAAGUCAACCGUUUGAGGCGUGACAAGCAGGUUCUAAUGAUGGAAGUGGUGAAGUUAAGACAGCAGCAACUCACCACUCGAGCCUAUCUUCAGGCCACGGAAGAACGGCUGCAAAUCACAGAAAAGAAACAGCAGCAAAUGAUGUCUUUCUUGGCUAGAGCUAUGCAGAACCCGGGUUUUCUCCAGCAGCUAAUGCAACAAAAGGAGAAAAGAAAGGAGCUUGAAGAAGCCAUAUCUAGGAAAAGGAGGCGGCCGGUUGAUCAUCCACACGGUGGUGUUGAUGUAGGUGAAUCUAGCCGAGGUAGCACCGGAAUGGAUCAUGUUAAAACUGAACCUUUAGAAUUUGGUGAUUAUGGGUAUCACGUAACAGAAUUGGAAACGCUUGCACUGGAAGUGCAAGGCUAUGGUAGAGCAAGAAGGGAGCAAGAGGAAACUCGAAAUGUGUUCGAACAUCGAGUGAGUCAUGACAACGAACUCGAUGAAGGAUUUUGGGAAGAAUUAUUGAAUGAGAGAUUUGAAGGAGAGUUGGAUAUACCAGGACCCGAAGUAACUAAAGAUGAAGAUGUGAAUGUGUUGGCUGAUCGUUUGGGUUAUUUGGGUUCAAGUCCAAAGUACAGAAAAUGAACAUCUAGAUUCCAUAACAUAGCUAGCUACAUCCACCACGUUUUCAUUAGCUUCAUCUCUAAUAUUUCUGCAAAUGAGUCUUCAAACAAAUAGAUUAGACCAUAAUAUUCACAUUUCUUCAAUGGUUUCUUGUUUUUGACAGGCUAGGGGGAAUUGCUUAGAACGGUAUCAGUGGAAAAUAUCUAUUGUCAAUGGUGUUUCAAACCCUGUUUUAUCGUUUUUAAUAUUUCUUUCAUCUUAUCUGUCUCCAUCUAUGGUUGGAUUUGCAGCUGUAGAUCAGAAUCUGUCGUGGUCAUUGCUUGAAUGAGUGUAGACUGUUCUUCAUGAAGCAGUUGAAAAACGACAAAAUGUAGCAGAAAGUUGCAAGAUAAAACAGCCAAUGAUCACUUGGUAGUAUCUAUUAAACUUUUUCUUUGUCGGUUUAAUAUUUCCUGUAUUUAAGAGUGGUGGUCGGUGAUAAUGGACGAUCAUGGUGUCUUGCGUCUUGGCAUUUGUACCAACGAAGAUAUUUUGAUGGCCAUAGCAAUUGGAUUCUCUCAUUUGUUGCUUUCAAAUGCCUUCAGCAAUUUGCAGAGUUCUCA